CACACCGUGGAAUAUUACCACGUGUCAACAAUAGGACUACUGACAUAAGAGUUUGGGUAUUGCCUGAAGGUGCGGAACCAAGAAUCUUAAUAAUGCCAAAGCGGCCAGAUCCUAAGUGGUCGCCUCCUGCAGGGGUUGAAUCUCCAAGAUUACAUUUAUAUAAUUCCCUAACUCGGCAAAAGGAGUUGUUUGUUCCUCAGGGAAAGGUGGUUACGUGGUACAGCUGUGGACCCACCGUCUACGAUGAUUCUCACAUGGGUCAUGCCAGGUCCUAUGUCAGCUUUGACAUUCUUCGUCGCGUUAUACAGGAUUAUUUCGGUUAUCCAGUCAACUAUGUCAUGAAUGUCACAGAUAUUGAUGAUAAAAUUAUCAAGAGGGCAAGGACUAGGUACUUGGUGAAGGAAUAUGAAAAAGCUCUUACAUCUAUGGAGCAACUGUAUGAGGAUGUUGCUGCUGCAAUGGAACAUCAUAAUGCAGUCAUAGCCACUACGACCGAUCCUGACAAACGGAAAAUGUUGAUGGAUGAAGUUCUUAAGGUUAAAGCGGUUGUAGACUCCCUGAGAGAUUGUGUCAAGAACAACAAGAGCCCUGAGGAGGUUUCUGAAAAGCAAAAGGAACUCCUUGUCAUCUCAAGCAGCGUAUUGGGGGAGUGGUUAGACCGUCAGAAGGGGAAAGAUGUCACUGAUAAUUCCAUAUUCUCUGAUUUGCCUCGCCACUACGAAGAAGAGUUUAAUAAAGAUAUGGAAGCCUUAAAUGUUCUUCCAGCUGAUACAGUAACAAGAGUGUCAGAGUAUGUUCCUCAGAUUGUAGAUUAUGUCAAGAAGAUUAUCGAUAAUGGGUAUGCCUAUGAAUCGGGCGGUUCUGUUUAUUUUGAUGUGGGUAAAUUUGACUCGGAUCCAAAUCAUUAUUAUGCCAAGCUUGUCCCAGAGGCCUAUGGAAACCAGGAAGCAUUAGAGGAAGGUGAGGGCUCCCUUUCUACAGGCAAUGCUCAGGAGAAAAGGAGCCCCAAUGACUUCGCACUCUGGAAAGCUUCUAAACCGGGUGAACCAGCUUGGCCUUCUCCUUGGGGGCAAGGGCGCCCCGGGUGGCAUAUAGAGUGUUCGGCAAUGGCGUCGGCUAUACUAGGAGAAUCGAUGGACAUUCAUUCAGGUGGUGUUGAUCUCAAGUUUCCUCACCAUGACAAUGAACUUGCGCAGUCAGAGGCUUAUUAUAAUAAUGACUAUUGGGUUAGGUACUUCCUGCACACAGGCCACUUACACAUUGAUGGUUGUAAAAUGAGCAAGAGUCUCAAAAACUUCAUUACUAUUAAGAAGGCCCUCGAGGAAACCUCUGCAUCUCACCUGCGCAUUGCCUUCCUGCUACAUUCGUGGAAGGACACUUUAGAUUAUAGCUCGACACCAUGGAAGGGGCCCCGUCAAUUCCACAAAAUGAUAAGCGAAUUUAACCUCAACGUUCAAGACCUGUUGAGGAGGACUGGCUGCACAAGUGAGGUGUGGAUGCCUGCAGAAGUAAGAUUACUGGAAGUCUAUGACAAUGCAAGAACUGGUGUACAUAAAGCACUCUGUGAUAACAUUGACACGAGGACUGCCCUCGACCACAUCAGGGAUAUGAUAACGCAGAAAGCAAUAAAUAUAAUGAAUAAACAUUUGCAGGUUAAUUCCCAGUUGAUGGUAAACAUUAAUAGCUAUGUUAGCAAAAUGAUGACCAUGUUUGGAGUGAGUGUAGGGGACCAGUCAGCAUCUGGAAAUCAGGGUUCGGAUAAGUUAAUUGAAGUAGCUGAGGUGUUGGGUAAGGUGAGAGAACAGCUCCGUCAGUAUUCUAGAGAUCAGAGCUUGGAUGUUGCCAGUCUCCAGCGACAGCUUUUAGGACUGUGCGACAGCAUACGAGAUGAACUCUUGCCACCACUUGGAGUAAGGCUAGAGGACAGAGAUGAUGGUGCUACUUGUAUCAAGUUAGUGAAUGCAGCUGAAUCUCAUGCAGGAAAUCAAGCAAAGAAGGAACAGCAUUGCAAGAAACAAGAAAAGGAGAAAAAGAAGGCUGAACAAGCAGCAAAACAAGCCAGUAAGGAAGUUGUAAAGGAUCCCGUUGACAUGUUUCAAACACCAGAAUACAGUCAGUGGGAUGCGAACGGUAUUCCUACUCAUGAUAAGGAUGGAAAUGAAAUAACCAAAAGCCAAACACGAAGAAGCUGACAGCAGAUGGGAGCCCAAAAGAAAAAAUAUGAGAAGUGGCUUGCGCAACAGCAGUCAUAAUGAAAAUGUGUUAUAAUUCAUUUUGCAAGUUAUUAAAUUAUAGAACCAAUAUCUCUUUUUUGACCAAUGAACGUACUCCAUC